CGCUCGGCUGGCGGGCGGGGUGGACACUGGGCUUCUGUGUGCCAGCCGCAGCCGUGGGCUGGCGGGCGCCCAAUCCUGGGGCAUGUCGCCUGCGCCUGGCCAGGACGCACGCUGAGAGCCGAGUUUGGUGGCAGGCUUGGCCCCGUGCUGUCCCAGCAGAAGCCGGCGCCGGGAGCCACGGACGGGCCGCAGUGUCAGGGCUGCAGCUGCGGAAGCCUGGGACGCCCGGGCUCGGCGGGCAGGAGACGGCAUGGCCUCGGUGUUCACUUGCGGGGUGGAGGACCUGCUGUUCAGCGGCAGCCGCUUCGUGUGGAACCUGACCGUGUCCACGCUGCGGAGAUGGUACACGGAGAGGGUACGGGCGUGCCACCAGGUGCUGCGGACGUGGUGCGGGCUGCGGGACGUGUACCAGAUGACAGAAGGCAGGCACUGCCAGGUGCACCUCCUGGAUGACAGGAGACUGGAGCUGCUGGUUCAGCCCAAACUUUUAUCGAGGGAAUUGCUGGACCUCGUGGCUUCGCAUUUCAACCUGAAAGAAAAGGAAUAUUUUGGAAUAACAUUUAUAGAUGACACAGGUCAGCAGAACUGGCUGCAGUUAGAUCACCGGGUUCUUGACCAUGAUUUGCCCAAGAAGCCAGGCCCAGCAGCUUUGCACUUCGCUGUCAGGUUUUACAUUGAGAGCAUAUCGUUUCUAAAGGAGAAAACCACCGUGGAGCUGUUUUUCCUGAAUGCAAAGACCUGUGUGCACAAGGGUCAAAUAGAAGUGGACAGCGAGACCAUCUUCAAGUUAGCAGCCCUGGUUUUGCAGGAAGCCAAGGGAGAUUAUACCAGUGAUGAAAAUGCUAGGAAAGAUUUAAAGACGCUGCCAGCCUUCCCGACGAAAACUCUCCAGGAGCACCCUUCCCUGGCGUACUGUGAGGACAGAGUAAUUAAGCAUUAUCUGAAAAUCAAAGGUUUGACUCGAGGACAGGCUGUGGUUCAGUAUAUGAAAAUAGUAGAAGCUCUACCAACUUACGGAGUCCAUUACUAUGCAGUAAAGGAUAAACAAGGACUUCCUUGGUGGCUUGGAAUCAGCUAUAAAGGAAUUGGCCAGUAUGAUUUGCAAGAUAAGGUGAAGCCUCGGAAGUUAUUCCAAUGGAAGCAGCUGGAGAAUUUAUAUUUUCGUGAGAAAAAAUUUGCUGUUGAAGUUCACGAUCCACGAAGGAUUUCAGUGUCCAGGAGAACCUUUGGGCAAAGCGGCCUCUUUGUGCAGACCUGGUAUGCAAACUCUUCUCUCAUCAAGUCCAUCUGGGUAAUGGCCAUUAGCCAGCACCAGUUUUACCUGGACCGGAAGCAGAGCAAAGCAAAAAUUCCUUCAGCCAGGAGUUUAGAUGAUAUUGCCAUGGAUCUAACAGAGACAGGAAUGCAAAGGGCAUCUAAACUGGUGACACUGGAGGCCAAAAGUCAUUUCAUCAUGGCCAGCAAUGGCAGCUUAAUAUCUUCAGGUUCUCAAGACUCAGAAGUCAGUGAAGAGCAAAAGCGGGAGAAAAUCCUAGAGCUCAAGAAGAAGGAGAAAAUACUGCAAGAAAAACUCCUUAAAAAAGUUGAGGAGCUGAAGAAGAUCUGUUUGCGCGAGGCUGAGCUCACAGGCAAAAUGCCAAAGGAAUAUCCGCUGAACAUAGGCGAGAAGCCUCCUCAGGUCAGGAGGCGUGUGGGGACCGCAUUCAAGUUAGACGACAACUUGCUGCCAAGCGAGGAGGAUCCGGCUUUACAAGAACUGGAGAGCAAUUUUCUAAUACAGCAAAAGCUGGUUGAAGCUGCAAAGAAACUUGCCAGUGAGCCAGACCUUUGCAAAACUGUGAAGAAAAAACGAAAGCAAGAUUACAUGGAUGCAGUAAAAAAGCUCCAGGAGAUUGAAAACGCAAUAAAUGAAUACCGAAUUCGAUGUGGAAAGAAACCCAGCCAGAAAGCAACAGAAGACAUCAUCCCAUCAGAGAGUAGCUCCUUGUCUGACACUGCCUAUGAUGAUCCCAAUGAUGCCUUCAGUCCUGCUGGGCAGCGACCAAGUUCAGUACCCCAUUCUCCAAGAAUUCUUCCCCCCAAAUCUCUCGGUAUUGAGCGAAUCCAUUUCAGAAAGUCAUCCAUCAGUGAACAGCUUGGGGAUACCAGGCAGUCCAGAGAAAUGUUGUCAACACACAGCAGUCCUUACAAAACCCUGGAGAGGCGGCCCCAAGGUGGCCGGAGCGUGCCCACCACACCAGUCCUCACCCGCAACGCCUACAGCAGCAGCCACUUGGAACCUGAAUCUGCAUCUCAGCACUGCCGCCAGCGGAGUGGGAGCCUCGAGUCUCAGUCCCACCUGCUCUCCGAGAUGGAUGAGAAACCAUUUUUCUCCCUGUCCAAAUCCCAAAGAAGCAGCAGCACCGAGAUCCUAGAUGAUGGGUCUUCCUACACUAGCCAGUCAAGCACGGAGUAUUACUAUGUGACACCUGCUGCCGCGGCUGGACCCUAUUACACCACCCAGACUCUGGACACACGUGCCAGGGGUCGGAGAAGGUCAAGGAAACAGAAUGUUGCUGCUUCCAAUUCAGGAAGCAUGCCCAACCUGGCACAGAAGGAGAGUGUGAGGAAUGGGGUCUACCCAAAGAGUCAGGAGCCACCCUCUUAUAGUUACUAUAUCUCUGGGUAUGCGCCAUAUGCAGAGUGUGACCUGUAUUACAGCGGUGGCUACGUCUAUGAGAAUGACACUGAGGGACAGUACAGUGUCAAUCCUUCCUACCGAUCCUCAGCCCACUAUGGAUACGACUGCCCAAGGGACUAUAGCAGAUCCUUCCAUGAAGAUGAGGUGGACCGCGUACCUCAUAACCCGUAUGCAACUCUACGGCUGCCCAGGAAGGCUGCUGUGAAAUCUGAGCACAUCACCAAAAAUAUCCACAAGGCCUUAGUUGCAGAGCACCUGCGUGGCUGGUAUCAGCGGGCCUCUGGGCAGAAAGAUCAGGGGCACAGCCCCCAGACAAGCUUUGACUCUGACAGAGGAUCCCAGAGAAGCCUGGGGUUUGCUGGGUUGCAGGUCCCCUGUUCUCCAAGCAGCCGAGCGUCCUCCUACUCUUCAGUGUCUUCUACAAAUGCUUCUGGGAACUGGAGGACCCAAGUGACAGUAGGACUCUCUGACUAUGAGACUCCAGCACAUUCUCCUUACACCAGCUGCUAUGGCAAUGUCUAUAAUGCUUUGCCCUCUCCAAGCAGGCCAUACACAGAGACCGGGCACCUGGGCAGCAGUGCAGAUGGAAGCCAGUUGGAGGACGGCCUGGAGAGUAGUGAGCAGAGGCUCUUUUGGCAUGAAGAUUCAAAGCCUGGAACAUUAGUCUGAACUGCAGUUGGACUUCUGGACCUGGCACUGCAUUCUCACACUGGUGUGCCUUGCAAAAUGUAUUCGUCUUCCCAGGAGGCUGUUGGCUUUAGGAACUUAAAGGCAUCCGAGGUUGCAGAAAUGACUCGCAUUGCCCUAGAAAGGAACCACACACUAAGCCCCAAGAGCCCCUAAAUGAGGACGUGCCUUUCAAAAUCCAGGCACUAACCUGACACCAAGAUCUGACCCCCUGUGAAACCCCUGCCAAGAGAGGACUCAGUUUGAAGCCCUUAUCUGUAGCAAGCACUUUUGAACGGAACAAAAAUUGUCAAAGGCAAACCUCCAAUCUGUGAAAGUGUGUUUGUGUGUGUGUGUGUGUGUAUGUGGGGGGAGGGGGUCCCCUUGGAAAGAAGGGCAGGGCAGAUUUCAGAGCACAAUUCAGAAUGAUGACAGAAGGGAAACCAUGACAGAAGCUCCUAAACUGUAGCUCACCAACAAGAAGUUUGAAUUUGUGAGCUGACGAAGAAUACCAUGCUGUUUCUACAUGGACUUGGACAAUUUAGGCAGUAUUGGAAAAUUACUUGAAGAGAAGUCAGAUUUUCAGGAAGUUUUGAAUGAGUGUAAAUGUUUUGAGGAGUUAUAGUGAUGCUUUUCAUAAGCACCAUAAUAUGGGUUCUAGACAGACUUCUUGCUGUAGCAUCCCGUAAUAUGACUUUAUGGCAGCAGAUUGGGGAAAAUGAAGCAGCCCACAAAUAAGUGACAAACUCUGCUUGUACUUUUCCCAUUCCCAGGUACCUUAUCCCUGAGCUCCUGCUUUCUUUCUCCACCACUUGCAUGAUGAGCUGCUACUCAGACUGGUCACUCUCUACCUUGGUUUCACUUGAAAUGGCAGAGUUGGUGGGGAAAGUUGUCACAAUCAUGAGUUUGGAAAAGUAUCUUAAGGUGGUACAAAAAGGGGCCCAAACGACAACAAAACAAAGCUACAUAAUUGUAAAUGGAUUGUGUGCCUUAAAAUGGUGAACAUUAGAAAAUUCAACAUAAUUGUCUGGAUUCCACGAGUAGUUGUGAGUCACCAAGUGACAAAAACAAGAUUAGUAUUUUUAAAAAGACUCCAAGCUGCAGUGGAUUGGAUUAUGAGGCUAACACUACCUCAUACUUUCCUUGGAAGAACUGAUGAGCUAUGGUUUUGUUUUCUUUUUCUUUUUUAGAACAAAUUAUUUCCUUCUUCCGGAUUGGUCUUUGUCAUCUUGACUGCUUUAGAAUUCCAUGAAAGGUGCUUCUGGCCCCGUCCCCUUUUAUACAAGUUACUUGUUCAUAUUGUGAAUAGAGAAGUUUCUGAACAACUUUUUUGAACACCGUUUUCUAUCUGUAUUCCAAAGCAUGUAAUAUAUACAUAAAAAUGAUUUGUUAAACUGGUCCUUACUCAUUUGUAUCAUUAGAAAUGAAGUUUGGGGAAAAUUUUUGGGAAAAAAAGCCACAAGCAAAAAAAUAACUUAUUCCUUUUUGCAUAUUUGUAUAGCCUUCUAGAAACAGAAAUACCCUUUUGCAUAUUCUUUUACUGUUCUGAUUGUUUCAGACCUAUUAUUUUUUUACGUAGUUCAAUAAACUCAAAGCGUGCUACUGAAAA